GUUGGCUCGUAUGUACGGUUUGUUACCAUUUAGAUAAAAUUUAUCACAUAUUAUAUUUGAGCAAGCAUGUAAUAAAAAAAUAAGUCGAACCUUUUUUUGCCAGAUCUUGUAAAACGCAAAGUACAUUUAUAAUUGUAGUCGAGCCUUAAAGUUAUUACCAUGAUAAUGGGAAAUGUCAACAAUGUUUUGCUUUUACUUGCUCAAGUCGUGUUCGUUGCUGCAUCAACAGAUCAACUGACGACAAAGAGAGGAAGUUUCCAACUAUCUUCGUAUUCGCGGGAAUCGAAAACAAAAGCGCAGAUAGUUUACAUGCUAUGCUUGCCUGAAGCUCCUGAUUUCGUAUAUGCUGAAGCAAGACCAAGCAACCAAUCGUUGCCUUACAAAUUCAACCUGACCAUUCUUAAAAUUGAAGCGCAGAGUUUCCUGGUUGAAUUGGAGCGAGUUGAUCAAGCUACAGGUUGGGAUACGAUGAUAACUGUGAACUGGUUUUUAUAUACGGGUAUUGCCUUGGUUCACCAAAAACGAGUUUUCUGGAUUCCAGAACGCUAUGGAAUAAAGGCUAUGAAUCAAGCGGAAUCAGCGACUUACUGCACUAAUCGUAGCGCUAAAUUAGCUGAUAUUCCGGACCAACAAACGUACCAACUAAUUUAUAAUCACGUUGAGACAUAUCAUUCGUUUUACAGCCAACCAUAUACCUUCGUGCAUGUAUGGUUAGCAUCGAAAUACAGUCCGAAGACAGGAAACGUGACACAAAGCAAUGGCGAACCAGGUUUUAAUGGAGGAUGGAGGAAGCCUGACUUUCCUAACUCUCAUAGCACUAGCACUGAGCUGGUGAUUCGAGUUCGUGAUUACGUUGGAAUGGACAGUGGGUUACUCAUUAUCCAUCACCGCGAAAACUUGGAGCUUGUACCGUGGUUUGCUCCAUAAAGCUUUUUCCCAAUCCAUGAGUUGUGUCAUAUUCUAUCCCAGCGGGCCAUACAGUCAUAUUUGUGCUAUACGUCUUUACAAUAAUGAAAAAGAAUAAACAAUACCCAACCGUAAGGAUUAAGUGAUUGGUGAAGAAUAUUGAGUGAUCGGUAAAGAAUAUACAUUUUGACAAAAAAGGAUCUGUGUAUUAAUGCACUUGUCGGUUUGACAUAAACGUGCCCUCAAAACGGUUCAUUGUAAAGUUUGAAAGAAUUUCUUUUUUGGGCUUUUGUUUUUUCAUCGUGCUCCAAUCUUUGGAUCAAUCUUCUUUAAAGCCGACUUCCUCCAUUGUACGGGUUGUGUCCUUACGCACACUUUUUUUCGAUUAGAACUUUAGCAUGUACAUGUAUUGUCCGUAAGGUGUAACGGUCACGCCUUUUAUAUUCAAAAACAUUAUUUCUUUCUUUGUUAUUAAUACGCGUUUUUUAACA